AUGGUUUUUGUUGUUUCACCUGGCAAAGAUAAAACAGAUUUGGUGGUUUGUGAUGCUCUGUCGAGUAACUCUGCUGCCUUCUCUAAAGAUAAGAUUGAAACCAUAGUGCAGGAAUUGAUAUCGAAUGACAAUGCAGAGCAAAAUAAUGAACAACAAAAUGAAAACAAUCAACAGAGUCAACCGACUUCACCUUUCUCUUCGAUAACCUUUUCAUCUCCGCCACCCUCACACACAAACAAAUCAUUGUUAACUCGUCUACUAAACCAUCUAUCGGGAUCAUAUCUAUUCUUCUGGAUUCCAAUAGCGCUAAAUCUUUUCCUAACCAUUCUAAUGUGGUUAUUCCCAUCAUUCUUUUUAAGAUCAAAAUUAAAAAGAGAAAGAACUGAAAGAAUUAAAUAUUUAGAUGAAAAGAUGAAGAAUUCAGAUAGCUAUUUGGAGUGGUCGAAUUGGGCAAAGGAAUUGGAUGUUUUGGAUGGCAAGGAAGAGUGGAGAAGUGUCGAUGAAUCACCUUACUACGAUAGCAAGUUGAUUAGAUUCAGACUGGCAAAUCUCAGAUUGUUGUCGCAAAAGGGUGAUAUCCACAGUUUGAUUUUGGCAUUGCGUGCUGGUCUGCUGAGAAAUCUCGGUGGUAUGGGUAAUGUCCGAUUGUUCCAAGAGAGUCGCGUCGGAACCAAGUAUGUCAUUGAAGAGUAUGUCGAUGAGGUGGUUAAGCAACUGAGAUUCAUCCAUGAGAUGCCAGAGAGCGAUGAGCAUACGCUUGAGAAACGUUUCGAUUUCUUCUAUGAGACUCGUCAGGCUUUUGGACGGUCGGCACUCUGUCUGAGUGGUGGCGCCACCCUUGCGUACGACAAGACCAAGCGAAUCCUCAACAUCACCGUAGUCACCAGUGGAUCGUUCGAGUUGCCACGACUACUAAACUACCUGACUGCUCCCAAUGUGCUCGUUUGGAGUGCAGCAUGUGCGAGUUGCGCAUUGAAGUUCCUCUUUGAACCGGUGGAGCUAGUCGCCAAAGACAAGAGCGGAAACAUCGUGCCGUACCAUCCAUCGGGCCUGGUAUUCACCGACGGCUCCGUCGAGUCUGACCUGCCAAUGAACCGACUGUCCGAGUUGUUCAACGUCAAUCAUUUCAUUGUUUCACAGGUGAAUCCUCAUGUUAUUCCAUUCAUCAGCGACAAGACUAUAAGUCCGUCGAGUUCCAUCGUCGAUGCAGUCAAAUACCUCACAGAGUCAGAGAUGAAGCAUCGUGUUCUCCAAAUGGCAUCGCUUGGCCUCAUCCCAACGAGAAUCAGUGGAAUCACACCGCUUCUCACACAAAAGUAUAGUGGCGAUAUCACGGUAGUACCAGAUGUCGAACUAAAAGACUAUGCCAACAUCAUAAGCAAUCCAACAGAUGACAUGAUGAGAAACUAUAUUAAGAAGGGUAAAUCGAGUACAUGGUCAAAGAUUGCAAUAUUAAAAAAUCAUUGUAGAAUUGAAUUGACAUUGGAUUCAAUUGUAUCGGAUUUAAGAGACAGAUUAUAUAAAAGUGAUAAUACACAACAAAAGCACAAAUUUAUAAGAGAUGAUCUAAUAACUUAUUCACCAAUGAUACUUCAUACAAAUAAUAACUAUAGUAACAAUAAAGAUAUAGCUGAAAAAGUAUUAUAA